CUCCCGGUGCGCACCAUUAACUAACAAGACGACGAAAACAAAGUGUUUAUGUCAACUGAGCCUCGUCGCUAAGACGAUAGACUAAAGAGCGUUUAUGUAACGUUUCUUUACGAUGUAGUCAAAUCAAAUGUUUAAAAUGAAGCAAGUAUGAAUUAUUGGGUGAUUAAAUGUCUUUAGAUAGAAAACCUCUCACUGCCUUGUAUAUGUAGCAGGGGUUUAAGCCGGAUGCUAACUGUUGCUAGCUAGUUGGUUGCUAGCUAUAAGAAACAGCAUUAGUGGCAUUAGGUUCUUUUUUUUUUCAUCUGACCGUAAAAUGGACACGAAUGUACAGAAAAAGAGGGAAAGUAAAAAAUCUUUGCGGAUUAAAGUGAUCAGCCUCGGGAAUGCAGAGGUUGGUAAGAGCUGCAUCAUUAAACGAUACUGCGAGAAACGAUUCGUUCCCAAAUAUCUGGCUACAAUUGGGAUCGAUUACGGCGUGACGAAGGUUCAAGUCCGUGACAGGGAAAUAAAAGUAAACAUUUUUGACAUGGCAGGACAUCCUUUCUUCUAUGAGGUCCGCAACGAGUUCUAUAAGGACUCACAGGGGGUGAUUCUGGUGUAUGAUGUCGGACUGAGGGAGAGCUUUGACGCCCUAGACAGCUGGCUCACAGAGAUGAAGCAAGAGAUGGGCUCACAAGCCAAUAUGGAGAGCAUCAUUUUUGUAGUGUGUGCCAACAAGGUCGACUUGACUAAAAGGCGAGUGGUAGACGAGAGCGAAGGCAGGUUGUGGGCAGAGAGUCGAGGUUUUCAGUAUUUCGAGACGUCCGCUCAGAGUGGCGAAGGCAUCAGCGAAAUGUUUCAGGCUUUUUUUAGCUCGAUUACUGAUAUGUGUGAGAAUGGAGGGAAGAGACCAAACCCAGAAGUCAGCAUCGGCUUCACAAAGGAACAAGCCGACACUAUACGACGUAUCCGAAACAGUAAGGACAGUUGGGACAUGCUGGGAGUAAAGCCUGGGGCAACAAGGUAAGAGAAGCAAAUGGCAAACAUCUAGCGAUUUAUAAAGUUACAAAAUACAGUUGCUGUUUGCUUUUAAACUCUGUACUCUAGGUGAAAGAUUAUUUUCAUUCUUUAUACUUUGAUUGUAUUCUGGGAAAAUGUACCGUGUGUUG